UUCAAAUGACAUUGACAUUUGAUAGAUUGACGAAGGCAGGCAAAUGAUUGGAUUGUGCUAGUUUAAAAGUGUUGAAUUUUCUAAAAAUUAUCACUAAAAGAUGCUUAUAUUUAAUAUAUAAUGCAUUUUACAGUAAAAAUUCUGCCUCGUAUUUGAUAUAUUUCUUUUGAUUUCUCAAAAUUUAUAAUUAUUUAAGGUUAUAAACCGCAAGUUUAAGCAGUAUCAGUAUUUACACGUAUGCAGUAGUGCUACUGUGAAAUUGUGUUUUUGUGAUAUCAAACCUGAAAUGUCGUGAAAUUAGCAUUUAAUAAAUAUAUUUAUUUAAAAUGCUGCCUCUUAUACAAAAGGAUACACGAGUAUCGCGCGGUGGGAUUAGAGGCUUUCCUGAGAGGUUCCAAAAUUGGCUCAGACUGAUAUUUUCAGAUAAAAAUUCAAAGAAUUUAUUUCUUUUCCUCAUAUUAAAUUUGUCUUUUGCAUUUGUUGAAUUGUUUUAUGGAGUAUGGACAAAUAGUUUAGGUCUAAUAUCCGAUGCAUUCCACAUGUUCUUUGACUGCACCGGCCUGGUCGCAGGCCUGGCUGCAUCACUAGUAUCCAAGUGGAGGGCUAACGAACGCUUCUCAUACGGCUAUGCCAGAGCUGAGGUGCUGGCGGGCUUUGUAAAUGGGCUCUUCUUGCUUUUCAUAGCCUUCUUCAUCAUGAAGGAAGCUGUUGAGCGUGCUAUUGAACCUCCAGAGGUAAAACAUGAACGUCUUCUAGUUGUGUCCAUUCUCGGUCUACUAGUCAACUUCGUAGGAAUAUACGCAUUCCAUCACGGCCAUGGGCACGGUCACGGCGGGCAUGGGCACUCGCACGGCGGCGGGCACGGGCACUCUCACAACCACAACUCGCACGGGCACUCGCAUGACGACAUCGAAGCUCCCACCGGCGCCGGCUCUGCCAUCAUGCGCGGAGUGUUCCUCCACGUACUCGCUGACACCCUCGGUUCCGUCGGAGUGAUAAUAUCCGCUAUACUGAUGCAGGCGUUCGGCUGGAUGAGAGCCGAUCCGAUUUGUUCGAUGGCUAUCGCCUUACUAAUAGCAGCUAGUGUGUUCCCGCUAGUGAUGGACUCUGGUGGUGUUCUCAUGCAACGGACUCCAGUGUCUCUAGAGCGCGCCCUCCCCAAUUUGUACACCAGAGUGGUAGGCUUGGCUGGUGUACACUCGGUGCAGGACCCCCACUUUUGGACUCUUUGCAGUGAUAUACAUAUUGGCGCUAUCAAACUAGAAGUGGCCAGGGAAGUGGAUCCGCGGUACAUUACCGAACAAGCGUCCAGGAUAUUCCGGGAGGUGGGUGUCAAACAUCUAACAGUCCAAUUGGAUUACUCACCACUUUGAUUAGCAAAAUGUAUCACAAAGUGUACAUAAUAUCACCCACAGUGGGUGUUCUAGUGUAUAUAAGACAGUAAUUUAAUUUUGUGAGCGCAAACUAUCAAUAUCCGCUGUUUGGAAUGAGAUUCGUAGAUAAAGAGGAAUGCCCAUCCCCGGCCCAGGCCUACGCUUACCGCCCGGCAACUUAUAUCUAAAAAAAUCUUGAUAAUUCUACUAAUAAUGAAAUCAUUACUUUAUCCAAAAAAAGUUUGCUACAACGUUUUACAACAUGUUUAAUUUGUGCACAACAGGGACAAGCUAAGAUCUUUGACUGAACAGCCUGAGUAUUACGAUAUUUUUUGAGGAUUUAUGAUUGGUUUGUUUGUUAUAGCAGAAACUAAUAAAACAAAAAGAAUAAUACAGAUUUAAAUGUUGUGGAGUGAUAAAAAAUGUAUUUUUCUUCAAGUAGCAUACUUUUAUUAAGCCAAUAAUUUAAUCAGAUUCUUAUUUAUACAUCCUAUUAUCAUCUCCAUAUACUUUUAUACGGGGGUAUACCUGGAUUCCCUGGGCCGAUGUUGUAUGGGCAUUGCCCUUUGCAAAAGGUUUGAGAUGUAUAUAGUGUUAAAUUGUCUGAAAAAAUUAGGUUGCGUGCAAUAAGCAAGGUGCUUAAAUGCCGUUGACUGUCAUGAUAGCUGGGAGUCAAUACGUAGAUAGAUUUCUAUUUUCAGAAGACGCUUUGGGUUCUGUUGUAAUAAUAAGGUAAACACUAAGUCUGUCUGUGUGUAUCAAAACUGAAGCAUAAGCAAAGCAAACAUAUGUUUAAAUUAUUAUUUGUCUGUGAGAGUUGCCAAGCAACAUUUGUUGGUAAACGGGUUUCUAUAUCACUCGCCUCCGCCUUAUUUAAAUAAUACAACACGUGUCUGCUGUGAACACUAGUAGUAAACACACAAAAGUGUUGUCAUAUCUUAAUACAUUCAAAAACAAGCUAAUUUCUUGAUGUAGAAUAACUAUUAACUCUAUUAAGUUAUUAAAAUGCCUAGCUUAUUUCAUCAUCAGUAACAGCCUAUUUUAAUGGCCUCCAUAAUAUAUGAGAGGGGAUAUGGAGCUUGGACUCACCACACUACUCCAAUGCAGGUUGGCGGGCUCAGGCUGUUGAUGGGUUUUUCUUUGGGACUCCUCAAGUCCUUGCUCUUAUAGAUUCUAUCAAAACAGCUGGAAUUAAUUGGUUGUGUAUAGAUUUUUUUUGUUGAUCUUUUAUAAAUUAUAUGUACCUACAACUAUUUUGAAUUAUUUACCAUAUUAAUUUGUUUAUGUAAAAUACUAUUAUCUACUUUCUGUGUUCUAUAUCUAAGUAUUUCGUUUUUUUUAAUUACAUAAAUGUUAAUAUGAAAAGAAAGCAUUCCAUAAUACAUGUUAUUAUGUAAAUUAUCCAUAUUACUGUGCUCUAUAGAUAAUUUUCAAUUUUAUUUUUAACGUUUUAUAUUUUAUUUUUGAUUGGUUGAUAACAAUAUUAUGUAUGAACCUUAUUUUUUAAAUAUAUAAAAUAUUGACUAGAUAUCAUCUUCAAUCUUGAUAUUUUUCGUCUUCUGAUGCAGCAAUGUAUGAUUACAACCCAUAUUUGGGAAUUAACCUCAAGUGACCUGUAAUUUUCUUCUGCAACUAACUUCACAUUAACCUCAAAAGAAAAUGGACCUGUAAUUUUCUUCUGCUAGUAACUUUGUGUACCUACUUAUUUGUCUUGUACCUAUAAAUUUUUGUACAGGCCUAUUUAUAUCAACAAAAUUAUCUCAUACGAGAAAAAUACAUUGUUUCUACAUCCUUUUCCCCCCUACUGUGACUUCUGAAGCCUGCCGUGAAAACGUACAGGGUCAUUGGGUUGGCUAUUUAAAAGCCUAAGUAUGUGGGCUUGAGGCCAAUAGGCCGGGAUAUGCUCGCGUCAAAACGUUUUAAAUGCGGCGAUCCGGGUGAUGCCUUCGUCGAUGUCGACGGAUACAUUGUCCAAUAGCUCGGGGUUCAAAUAUUGCUCUCUUUCGUCUCAUACACAACGAAAGAGAGAGCGAUAUUUUUGAUACCUCCGCUAUUGGUAGACGUAUGUCUCCUCUCGAGCUAAGUCGUGGUGCACAUUUCAGGCCUAAAGGCGUCCUCACACAGAUGACUGAUCCUGCGAACCGCGAUAUUCAACUACAAGUUCAGAAGCUAGUGCGCUUUUAGUUUUAGGCGUUCUGCGGGGCUAUCUUAUGUAUCUCCAUUCAAACACGAAAAAGCCGUUAUUUACAUAUAUUCCGCUCACUAUUGAGAUCGAGUCUCCUCUCAGAAUGAGAGGCAGGGUUAGGGCUUAGUCCACCUCGCUGGCUGAAGUGAUUGGUAAACUUCAUACUCAGAGAAUUAAGAAAAUUCUCAGGUACGCAGGUUUUUCUCACGAUGUUUUUCCUUCACCUUUUGGGACACGUGAUAUUUAAUUUCAUAAAAUGCACAUAACUGAAAAGUUGGAGGUACAAGUCUUCGAACUUCUGGGGGCUGUAUUCGAACUUCGAACUUACGCCCUCCGAAUCGAAGGCAGAGUAUCGAGUGCGAACGAUUUUUGGCCGGUAAAUUCAAAAAUUGUUCGUACUCGACUGAAAUACUAAAGUAGUCCGACCUAGGCUUAAAAGGUUAAACGUCCAACUAUUUAUUUACUAAUAAUUUCGUUUUUUUGGUUAAGAUUUAGUGUUAACGUGACGUCAUGAAACAGUUAAAAAUAUAAAACAUCAGGCAUUUUGGCUCGUAUUGUCAAAAAAAUAUUCACGUCUCAAAUAAACAUGAUUUUUUUUCAUUCUUGAAGAACGAUAAUGAACAAUUGAAGACCAUUUAAAAAAAAAGCGUUAAAUAGCCUAUUACCUCUAGGCUAGGCUUUAUAUUGAAAUGCCCGAUAGGCCUUUCAUGUAUCAUCAUAAUAAAUUAACAUAUAAAUUGAGAUUAUAGUAAUAUGUAAAAUCGCCAAUUGCAAUCACUUUACUGUGAUAUUUUAACAAAGCAUUUAGUAUGAAGUUAUUAUUUUUUUAAAUAAAAUGAAGAGAACAUCAAAUUCAUAUCUCUUCAUUUUUGUCUUCUACUGGAAAACGAAUAUUUAUUUCAUUUAAUGGGAUUCGCUAGAUUCUAUAGAUUGAUUAAGAUUUGAAGUAGUUUUAGGAAACAAAUUUGCUUGUGGUCUUUUGUAUUUUUGAUAAAAUUAGAUAAAUUAUAAAGGUUAAAGAAAUUAAACUACACAAUUUUUUAAUAAAUCAUUUCUUAAAAUCCUUAGUGACAAGAAAUCAUAUUAUACAGACAACAAACAUAAUUUAAUAAUAAAUCUGUUAAGUAAAUGAAAUUUGUUUUAUUUAAUACAAUAUACCGUGACGUCGCCACGAGAUCUACGAAGAAUGAUAUAAUCACACUAGGGUAUUGUGAUGUUGGAUUUUUUUAUUGAAAACUCAGACCAAUUAUUGCAUAGGAGUUACCUGUCAUAGUAUAUGAUCAACGAUCUAAUGCGAUUAUAAAAACAAUCUAGUGUUUCUCAGAUAGCAUGGGUACAGUGACAGUUCGUUUCACUCUUGAAAGUUUACCGCGAUUCACGAUAGUAGUACGUAAUACGAACGCCAUAAGACAACUGUCACCGUACCCAUGAUAAUAUCUGAAAAACACUUUAAUACCGAUGUUUCAUAAUUGUAAUUGUGUUAGUCGGUUAAAGAGCUCUGUAAAAAUAUAUUUUUGUGUAGUUGAAUGGUGUAAAAAACAUGCAAAAAUUUCUAGUUUUAGUAUAAGAUAUAUACCAAAGUCCAAAUCUAAAUUCGUUUUCCUUAGAAAAUCACAAUUUUGUUUGUGAAUUUGGGUGAGAUACAGGUCCUUCUAUAAUUGGUCUGAGACUGAAAAUGAAAGUUUUACAAUGUACUAUUGGAAAUAGGUUAGAAAAUGUAUGUAGAAUUUGCUAAAAAAGUAUAAAAUGAAACAAGACGUGAAAUGAUAUAAAUAUAUUAAAUGAACAAAUAAAACAUUACAGUGAAAAAUGA